CCCCACAAAGAUCGACUGUACGCACUGGAAGUCAUCCAUUCAAUAUAUCGUUCAACAACAUCAUAGCACAUUAUGGCAGAGGUUGCAAAUCAGCAAUCAAUGGACGAGAAGGAUGUCAACACCAUCAAUGCAGGUAAUGCUGAGAAGGAUGGCCUUCAUGAAGUUGCCAGCAUGGAACCAGAGAUCGAUCCGCACAAGGAGAAGAUCCUGCUGGCGAAGUUGGACCUCUUCUUCACGCCUGUCAUCAUGCUGGUGUAUCUGUCUUGCUUCCUUGACCGAUCAAACAUCGGAAACGUGAAAGUUGCUGGAAUGCCAGAGGAUAUUGGUGCGACAGACCAACAAUUUUCCACUGCUGUCUCCAUCUUUUACGCAACUUAUGUGACAUUCGAAACGCCAUUUGCGAUCCUCCUCAAAAAGUUGACCCCACGUCUCCUAUUGACAAGCCUCUGCGUCGUUUGGUCCUUGACAACUAUAUUCUCAGGCUUCAUUCACAACGUUGGUGGUUUAUAUACCAGUCGCUUAAUUCUCGGUGCUUGUGAAGCCGGCCUCUUUCCCAGUCUUACCUUGUAUCUUACAAUGGUGUACCGAAGAGAGGAGCAAGCUAAGAGAGUCGCAUAUCUCUUCAGUUGCACCGCACUAGCUGGAGCUUUUGGUGGUUUAGCUGCAUAUGGUCUUUUGCAAAUGGACGGGGUUGCCAAUUAUGCGGGAUGGCGCUGGGUAUACAUUAUCGAAGGCGUCUUCAGCAUGGUAAUCGCAGUCGUUGUCUGGUUUGGCUUGCCAAGCAAUCCGGCUGAGGCCUGGUUCUUGAAUGCUGAACAGAAAGAGAUGAUGAGAAUCCGUAAUCAACAGCGGGCUCAAUACAUGGGUAGUGAAGAGCUUGACUGGCAGGAGGUUCGCAUCGCCUUCAAAGAUCCCAAAUUGUAUCUCAGCGGAGCCAUUCAGUUCUGCCAGGAUAUCCUGUUGUACGGAUUCUCCACAUUCCUACCCGCCAUUCUGAAGGGAGCCGGGUAUGAUACUUUGCAGAGUAACUACCUGACAGUCCCGGUAUAUUUGUUCGGUGCUGCUGCUUUCAUUGCCGCCGCGAUCAUCUCAGACAGGCUCAGCCUGCGGUCUCCCUUUAUUCUUUUCGCGAAUGUUUUCGGGAUUGUCGGGUACAUCAUCCUCCUUACCGUGUCAACAGAUGGCGUUCGAUAUUUCGCAACCUUCCUCUGUGCCGUCGCUGUUUACAAUGGUCCAGGGUUAAACGUAACCUGGAUCAAUGUCAAUGUGGCGCCGCAUUAUAGAAGAGCCACUACGAUUGGAUUCCAACAAACCAUUGCCAAUACAGCAGGAAUUGUGGCUGGUCAAAUAUACAGGAAGUCUCCAUACAAGCUAGGCCACAGUUUCUCCCUGGGAGCACUGUGCGUGUCACAACUUUUGAUCGUGGUCAAAAUGUUGUACAUUAAAUGGUGGAACACUAGGAAGGAGAAGAUUUCGAGGGGCGAAAUCGAGGAUACUCGCAGAUACAAGACAGGAGACAGAGAGCUUGACUUCAAAUAUCAUUUGUAGGAGGGCAUGUAGAUGAAAAAGAUGGUCAGAAGCAGAGCGACCUUUGGGUGGAAGAGGUAGGAUGCCAAAAUGCGAAAUGAACCAUUGAUAUUUCGCCGUAUUUUAGAACGGCGGACCAGAUGGAGUCAGACUGCAACUUUCAUGGUCGGUCCAAGAUUUUGUUCAGCAACC